AGUGUUGAGAAGCAGGUUACUGAUGGGUUGUGGACCGAUUUAAUACAUUCAGCAAAGGGUCGGUUCCUGCCUUCAACAUGGCCAAAAACUAUACAGGACAUCAAAGAAUGUCUUUAUGCAGAUGUACCGGAAAAUGAAUAUCGUCUGAUAUUUUAUGCUUUGCUCAUACACAAACAUUACAAUGGAGCCAGACAGUGGAUAAGAACAGGCUUCGUUUCCAUUCCACAUAUAUUGGUUGGUGCUUUUAUUAUAAAACAAAAACAGAAAAAAUGGCAGACUGGACAGAUCGAAAAGGAUUACCUGCAGCGAAUCUACAAGACAAUCACAGAGGAUGCAGUUCGAAUUAUUAGCUGUAUCUAUGAUAAUGACAGUCGGCAUGCCCCUGAAGAAAAACAUUCCAAAGAAAACGUCCUUCAUUCUGGGAGAAUCCUAUUAAAUCACAAAUGCCUCUCUGAUGCAAUGGAAACAGGGAAUACCAUGUUUGUAGAAAACGAAGUUAUUCAAGAUAUUUUGAACAAAAUGUGGUAUGGCAAAAGCAAAGAUCUUCUCACUAUAUGCGAGGACGGUCAAAGGCGAGAUUCGAAAUCACGACUCUCCAAUUACGGAGUGAACGCUCUAUUAAUUGAGCUAACAUUAACAGUUUAA